CAGGAAACGAACGUACCAAAUCACCAUGUCACGAAAUCUCCUACUUUUGUUCGUAGUUUUGGCCGUGAUCGCCAGUUCGUUGGGACAGCAGUGCGGUUUGAACGAGGAAUUCAACUCCUGCGGAUCGGCCUGCGAGCCAAGUUGCGCCAAACCGAAGCCGAACGUUUGUACCAUGAAUUGUAUCAUCGGCUGUCAGUGUAAGAGUGGAUACCUGAGGAAUGGACAAGGAACCUGCGUUGCUCCGGAGAAUUGUUAAUAUUUUCGAUUGAUUUAACUGAGCGAUAUCUGGGGUCUACACUUUGCCUCCUGCGUUUCUGUUUCAUUCGUUGCUCUGCUGCAAGCUUCCCUAAGUGACGAUCUCGAUCACAAUGUAUCGCAAUAUUAAUAAAAUGGUGUU